AGUGGAUAUUGAGGAAAUGUCAGAAAUUUUAUCAGUUGCGUUACAUUUCUGCCUAUGCCUAAUAACUGCAAAAGUAUACGUAGAUAACACACGACUAUAAGAUUUCAGAUAAAGUCAUGCAGACUGUAUUUAUGGUUGCUGAGAAGCCUUCAUUGGCUGAAUCAAUUGCAAAAUCGUUGUCGAAUAAACGUAAUUCAAGUAGACGGGAUUCAAUGGAGCAUGUUCUGUUCAUGAAUGGACUGGUCAAUUUAUGAGUGAACAAGUUCGCUUUAAAAUGACCUCAGUGUGUGGCCAUGUAAUGAACGUUGAUUUUUUAAGCCGUUACAACAGUUGGGACAAAGUGGAUCCUGCUGAAUUGUUUGUUGCCCCGAUUGAGAAAAAGGAAGCGAACCCUAAGUUGAAAAUGGUGGACUUUCUUCGUCAAGAGGGGAAAAAUGCGGGUAUACUAAUUCUUUGGCUGGACUGCGACAAAGAAGGUGAAAAUAUAUGCUUUGAAGUCAUCAACUGCGUUCAUUCAGUUAUGGUGCAUCCUAAACGAAUAUUACGCGCACAUUUCAGUGCUGUUACUGAUCAAGAAUUACAUGGUGCUAUGAAAAAUCUUAGAGAACCUAAUAAACACGAAGCGUUGUCAGUGGAUGCUAGACAAGAACUUGACCUUCGAAUUGGUUGCGCAUUUACUCGAUUUCAAACAAAAUUCUUCCAAGGUAAAUAUGGUGAUUUGAAUAGUAAUCUUGUAUCAUUUGGACCUUGUCAAACACCUACGCUAGGAUUCUGUGUAAAACGACAUGACCAAAUCCAAUCUUUCAAACCUGAGACAUUUUGGCGAAUAAAAGUGUCAGGCAAAGAUGACACUGGUGGGAUACUAGAAAUGUCAUGGAAUCGAGACCGCAUUUUCGAUAAAGAAGCGGCUAUGGUAUUUUUGAAUCGUGUAAAAUCUUGUAAAACUGCAGAAGUUGUACAGGUAUCUGUUAAACAAAAAAUUAAACCACGUCCACAAGGUCUAAACACAGUCGAAAUGUUACGAGUUGCAAGCUCAGGUUUAGGCAUUGGACCUCAUGCUACAAUGGCUAUUGCUGAACGACUUUAUACAUCUGGUUAUAUAAAUUAUCCACGUACCGAGACAACUGCCUAUCCAAGUACAUUCGACUUACGUGGGUUGUUACAGCAACAGGUAAACAAUCCCGUUUGGGGAGAUCUAGCGCGUGAAGUCUUACACUCUGGACUGACUCCCCCACGUGCUGGUCAUGAUGCCGGUGAUCAUCCGCCUAUCGCUCCAAUGCGUUAUGCUUCUUCACAAGAAUUGGGACAUGAAGCCUACCGAUUAUAUGAAUUUAUUACUCAGCAUUUCAUUGCUACUAUUAUGCCUGACUGUUGUUAUGAGCAGACACAAGUGGUAGUGUCGAUUGGUGAUGGUGAAUUAUUCACAAUUACGGGAUUAAGAGUUGUUGAACCUGGAUUUACGCGCAUUUUGACAUGGCAAGCAAUGGAGGAUAAACCUUUGCCUAAAUCACUUGUUCAAGGCUAUCAUUUAUCUUUACUUGAAGAACCAAGUUUAGUUGAAGGUCAAACUGGUCCACCAGAUUAUUUAACUGAGGCUGAAUUAAUCACUGCAAUGGAACGUCAUGGUAUUGGAACUGAUGCAUCAAUUCCUACACAUAUAGAAAAUAUUGUUCAAAGAGGCUAUGUUCAACUUAUUUCCGGACGUAAAUUACAGCCUACACCAUUGGGUAUUGUGCUUGUUCAUGGUUAUCAGACAAUAGAUGCAGAACUCGUCCUUCCACAUAUGCGUAGAGCUGUUGAAGAACAAUUAAAUCAUAUUGCUCGUGGUCAUGCUAAAUACGAUCUAGUAUUACAGUUUGUUUUAGCUAUAUUCGCUGCUAAAUAUCGUUAUUAUGUUGAGAAUAUUAAUGCAAUGGAUCAGUUGUUUGAGGUUUCAUUCACUACCUUGGCCAGUUCAGGUAAACCUCUAUCUAGAUGUGGUAAAUGUCACCGAUAUUUAAAAUUCAUCGACUCCCGGCCACAACGUCUUCAUUGUUCAAUAUGCAAUGAAACAUAUACACUACCGCAGAAUGGUACAAUCCGACCCUAUAAAACUGAAAAAUGUCCAUUAGAUAAGUUUGAAUUAUUAUGUUGGUCUCAAGGUUCUAAAGGCAGGGUAAGCUUAUUCAUACUCUUUAUGAAAAUUGAAACUUAGACAAAUUUCGCCUAUUUUAAAAUAAAUGUCUAUACCACCUAAAAACCUCGCUUGGUUAACUAGUUCACUAGUUACCAGCCGGUCCUAAGCCUGGGUAAAUAGGGAAGGUUGGGCAUAAGGCUAGCAACCCUACCCCCUGAAACAAAUCUAACCGCUAAACAAACUUCAAAGCACAAACAAAAUAUAAAAAAUAAAAACAAAAUUACUCUUCGCUAGAAUCGGAGAGGUGAAAUGACACCGGCUGGUGAAAGCCUUCGAGAAGCCAAUUGGCCGAUGUGUCUUCUCUUGAUGAAAGCGAAAGUAAACUUGGGGACAUGGAAUGUCCGCACGAUGUUUGAACCCAGCAAGGCAGCCCAGAUUUCAAACGAGAUGAGGAGGUAUCAUAUUGAAGUGCUUGGAAUUUGCGAAAGCAGAUGGAAUGGGAGUGGACUCUCCAAACUGUCAACUGGAGAAUCAAUAAUCUACUCCGAUAUUGUCACCCAGACGACAGCCAUGAGCACACUGAGUUUCGGAGUGGCUAUCGUGAUGUCCCCAAGAGCAUCGAAGGCUCUCACGCAGUGAGAACCAGUCUCCUCCAGGAUCAUGACAGCAAGAUUCAACUCAAAAGGAAGGAAGGUCACAAUCAUACCAUGCUACGCUAUGCACCUACAUAUAAUGCAGAUGAAGAGAAAAAGGAGGAAUUCUACAGACAACUUCAAUGAACACUGGAAAAGACCUCAGUUAGCAAUAUCAAAAUUUUAAUGGGCGACAUGAAGGCCAAACUGGGAGGGGACAACACAGGUAGAGAACUAACCAUGGGUGGAGAAGCGCUCGGUGAGGUGAUGAACGAGAAUGGAGAAUUGUUUGCAGAAUUCUGUACAUUCAACGAUUCGGUGAUUGGAGGCAGUGUGUUCAAGCAGAAGGAUAUCCACAAAGCGACAUGGAUUUCAACAGACACCAGGACACACUAAAAAUUUGAUCGACUUUAUCUCAAUCUCAAGAAAGUGUAGACGCAGUCAGCCUACUUGGCACAAGGUCAAGAAGAGGAGCAGAUGUAGGUUCACACCACUCACUAUCUAGUGCAAGGAACCUUCCAAAUCAAGUUGAAAGUCUUCAAGGAAGCUGGUGAUAGACUGCGGUUCAAGUACAACACUCGGAAACUGAACUGAAGGAUGAAACUACAAAGGAAAUCUUCACGGCAGCCAGCCAUCAAGACAAAAUGGGAGAUAUCGAGGAACAUCCCUGAAGAAAUCUGUGUGGAAGAACACUGGAAGUCUUUGAAAGCUAUGUAGAAAGAAACCUGCAGAACCGUAUUAAGAAGGAAGAAGAUAAGGAAUAGAUCUCGAUGGAUACAUGGAAGCUGAUAGAUGAGGGAGAGGAAGUUGGUGAUGGUGAAGCAGAAGAUAAACUAAUGCAAGGAUGCACAACGAGAAGAGGAACUGAGUACAAUGUUUAAAACACUACACUGGACAAAGAAGUGAAGAAGAGUGGGUGGAAAGACAAAAGACACUUCUACGAGACACUGGCAAGUGAAACAGAACAGACAGCUGGUAGGAGAGACAGAGACCUGACAACAUUGUAUUAAAUAACCAGGUUGCUAUUAGAGAGGAGAUCAACGCAGACGAAGCCAAUAAAAGAUGAUGAAGGAAAUUUAAUUAUCAAAGAAGAGAUACAAAGGAAACGAUGGGCCGACCACUUCGAAAAGCUCUUGAAUUGACCACCACCUGCACUUCGUCCAGAAAUACCACCUGCAGCCCAGACACAGAACUACAAGUGAACAUAAAUCCUCCAACAAAAAUGGAAGGCCUGAACGCCAUAAAGCUACUGAAAUGUGGGAAAGCAGCAGGACCAGAUGAAAUCUCACCAGAAGCACUGAGAACAGACGCAGAGACAACAGCCGACAUGCUCACACCACACCACUAUUGCAGAAGGUGUGGAAGGAAGAGAAGGCGCCUUGAGAUUGGAUGAAGGGCUACCUUGUCAAACUCCCGAAGGAGGGCGACCUAAGUCCUUGCAAGAACUGGCGCGGAAUCCCGCUCCUGUCCACCCCAAGCAAAAUAUUAAGCCGCAUCAUCCUGGAGAGACUAAAGGAUGCACUUGAUUCGAAAUUACUACCGGAACAGGCUGGCUGGGUGGCUUCAGGAAGAACAAAUCAUGUGCGGACCAAAUUGCAACGCUUUGCAUCAUCAUAGAACAGAGUAUAGAAUUGCAGUCGACUCUCCACCUCAACUUCAUCGAUUUUGAGAAGGCCUUUAACAGCGUCGACCGAGAGGUAAUUUGGAAACUGCUUCAAUACUACGGAAUACCACAAACCUUUAUCAGCCUCAUUCAACAACUAUGUGAAGACGCCACAUGCCAAGUAAUUCACAAUGGGAAGCUCACUGAUGCUUUUGAAGUGAAGACAGGAGUGAAACAAGGCUGUCUACUAUCACCUAUGAUAUUUCUGAUUGUGGUCGACUGGAUCAUGCAACAAACAUUGAGGAGUGAGAAGAGGGGCAUACGCUGGCUAAACCGCGGAAAAGAACCUACAAGACUCGGAUUUCGCCAAGGAUGACUUGUGUCUGAUGUCAUACAAACUUGAAAAUCUACAGACGAAAACUAACAAGUUUUCAGAAGAGGCAGGGCAGCGAAGGAAGACGGGACUUCAAGCGAAUAUAGAGAAGACAGAGGUAAUGAAGCUACCCAACCAACAACUCUAACAGCAACAACAAACUCCAGUCACCAUCAGCGGGAGAAACUUAAAGGAAGUAGCCUCUUUCACCUAUCUAGGAAGCACUGUUUCAACUACAAGUGGCGGCGCAGACGAAGAUGUCGAAGUCAGAAUCAGAAAAGCAAGACAGGCGUUCAUUAGCCUGAAACCAAUGUGGAGAUCUUCUGCACUCCAUUCAGCAUGUGGAACGAGAUCCGGAUUUUCAGCACCGUCAAGUCAGUGCUUCUGUAUGGUUCAGAGACUUGGCGCGUUACGAAAGGGAUUUCCAAUAAAAUACAGACAUUCAUCAACAACUGCUUACGCUCGCUACUGAAGAUCAGAUGGCCAGAAUAAUAAGAAUAAGCAACAAGGAGCUCUGGGAACGAAGCAACCAAGAACCCGCCGCUCAACAAAUAUGUCGAAGGAAGUGGAGAUGGAUUGGACUGGGCAUACACUGAGAAGACCAACUGGGGACAUCACGCUUCAGGCCAGUUCGUCGAGUGAAGCCCUGAUGGGAAGCGACGAGUUGGGUGUCAAGUCGAGGGUGACAUGGAGGAGAUCGUGCGAGGAGGAAAUGAGAGGUUGUGGGCUGUCGUGGAGCCAAGUUCAAAAGAUUUCAGGGAAGAGAGUGGAAUGGAGACGUGCUACUGAAGCCCUAUUUUCCAUUAGGAACCCAAGGGACAAAUAAAAUAAUGCCACGUAAAAUGUUUGUUAUUAGUAAAAUGGUUGAUUUAAUAGUGAUUGUUGUUAUUCGAUAUCAUCUAAAGGGUUAUCUCUAAUUUCUAAGUAUGUUUCUUGCCUGUUUUCGAUUAUUCAGUAAUUCAUACUAUUGAUUUGUUUUUGUUCCAACCGAAUUCUAUGGUCAAGGUCUUUGGGUUACACUUCUCUAAGUUGUUCGCUUGACACUUCAUCUUUGACAUCAAGCUUCUACAUGAUCCAGAUUUUAUUUUACUAUCUCAUCGUCUGAACCUUAUCGCUAUGGGAAUAUCAUUGUUUUUAGCUUUUUGUUUGCACAGUUAUUGAUGCCUAUCACUAUCGUAAUAUGAGGUUCAGAAACUUCAAAUGACA